AUGGACGAACAGGCAGUCACAUUCACCGAAGAAGAAGCUGAAAGAAUCCACCAUCCUCAUGACGAUGCUAUUGUCAUAACCUUGCUCAUCGCUGACUACACAACCAGAAGGGUACUCGUUGAUAAUGGAAGUUCGGCAGAUAUCCUGUAUCUUCCAGCUUUUCAGCAGAUGAAGUUAGGACGAGACCAUCUUCGUCCGGUGAAUUCUCCGUUAGUAGGUUUUGGUGGGAUGAGGGUGCAGCCCGUGGGUACUGUUACAUUACCAGUGGUAGUAAGGGCAUAUCCACAACAAGUCACCAAGGACGUAAGUUUCUUGGUAGUAGACUGUUCGUCCUCUUAUAAUGCCAUAAUUGGGAGGCCAACUUUGAAUAGUUGGAGAGCAGUUACGUCCACCUACCACCUAUCAGUCAAGUUCCCAACAGACCAUGGAGUAGGACAAGUGCAAGGAGAUCAACUGGCAGCGAGAGAGUGUUACUUGGCUAUGUUGGCCACGGACGAGCAAGUGCAGACAAUGACUAUUGAAGAGAAAAGGGUCGUGGUAGAACCUAUUGAAGUGCUGGAAGAUGUUCCCUUAGACGAAAGGAACCCUGAGAGAUGUACCAGGGUGGGGGCAGAUCUAGAAAGAGGAGUUAAACAAAACCUUGUCCAGUUUUUGAGGAAGAACGUAGAUGUGUUCGCAUGGAGUCAUGAGGAUAUGCCUGGAAUAGAUCCUAAUGUCAUCACCCAUCGCCUGAACGUAUGUCCAUCCUCGAAGCCAAUACGACAAAAGAAAAGGGUGUUUGCUCCUGAGAGAGAAAAUGCUAUUAAAGACGAGGUUCAAAAAUUGAUGGCAGCAAAGUUUAUCCGAGAGGUGUAUUAUCCGGAUUGGUUGGCCAACGUAGUAAUGGUCAAAAAGGCGAACGGCAAGUGGAGGAUGUGUGUGGAUUUUACUGAUCUGAAUAAGGCUUGCCCCAAAGAUAGCUAUCCAUUACCACGAAUCGAUCAGCUGGUGGACUCCACCGCAGGCCAUAAACUGCUUAGUUUUAUGGAUGCUUUCUCAGGAUACAACCAGAUACGGAUGGACAAGGUUGACCAGGAGAAGACCUCAUUUGUUACUAGUCAGGGCUUGUUCUGUUAUGAAGUAAUGCCCUUCGGAUUGAAGAACGCGGGAGCAACGUAUCAGCGACUGGUCAAUCACAUGUUCCGUCCUCAGAUUGGGCGAAAUGUCGAAGUGUAUGUGGAUGACAUGUUAGUGAAAAGUCUGGAAGAGGGUAAGCAUUUAGACGACUUGCAAGAAACCUUCAACACACUCAGGCGAUACAGUAUGAAGUUGAACCCCAGUAAAUGUGCUUUCGGAGUGGCUUCGGGAAAAUUUCUUGGAUUCAUGGUCUCACACAGGGGGAUCGAGGCCAAUCCAGAAAAGAUCAAGGCAAUCCUAGAAAUGAAGCCUCCGCAGAAUAUUAAAGAAGUUCAAUCUCUCACCGGGCGAGUUGCCGCCCUCAACAGGUUUGUCUCUAAAGCUACUGACAAGUGUUUACCAUUUUUCAAGGUUCUAAAGAAAGCCUUCGAAUGGACGGACGAGUGCCAAAGAGCCUUCCAAGAUUUGAAGACGUAUCUUGUCAUGCCCCCGCUGCUAAGUCCGUCCGUGGUAGGAGAGGAGCUGUUUUUGUACCUGGCGGUGACCCCGCAUGCUGUGAGCUCAGCGCUGAUAAGAGAGGAAGCAAAAGUGCAAAAGCCAGUGUAUUACACCAGUAGGGCACUGCGGGGGGCGGAAGGACGAUAUCCGCCAAUAGAAAAGCUGGCCUUCGCGCUCAUCACGGCUUCCAGGAAGUUAAGACACUACUUCCAAGCCCAUGUAAUCAAUGUUAUGACAGAUCACCCACUUAAGAAAGCUAUGAACAAGUUGGAAGCUGCAGGACGUCUGAUCCAAUGGGCGGUCGAACUUAGCGAGUUUGAUAUCCGAUACCAACCAAGACAUGCUAUUAAGGCUCAGAGCCUGGCAGACUUUAUAGCGGAGUUCACUCCAAGAUGCAACGAUGAAGUGCAGGAGGAUAAAAAUUGGGUGGUCCAUGUAGAUGGCUCGUCCACACAGCGUGCAGGAGGAAUAGGGGUGGUUUUGCAAUCCCCUGAAGGAGACAAGUUGAAGCAUAGAGUCCGUCUGCAAUAUCGACCAACUAACAAUGAGGUGGAGUAUGAAGCUCUGCUUAAAGGGCUAGAAUUGGCUAAGUCUGUAGAAGCGGAGUUGGUCCUCGUCCUGGGAGACUCUUCGCUGGUAAUGGGCCAAAUAAAUGGGACAUAUGAGGCGAAAGAAGAACGAAUGAAAAAGUACUUGGAGAGGGUAUUACAGCUUGUGGAAAAAUUCAGGAAAGCUAACUUCAUUCAAAUCCCGAGGGAAGAGAAUGCAGAAGCAGACACCUUAGCGAAGGAAGCCUCAGCAACUGGAACGACCGAAGAGUAUGAUGAAAUUCAGUAUGUCCCGAGUGUAGAUCUCCUGGAAGUACAGCAAAUAGGGAAUGAAGAAAAUUGGAUGGCCCCAAUCGUCUCGUAUCUGAAGGACGGGAGACUCCCGGAAGCAAGGGACGAAGCUAAAAAACUAAGGAUAAAAGCAGCAAGAUAUGUCCUCAUGGACGAAGUUCUCUAUAGGAGGGGCUUUUCUCAACCUUAUCUUAGGUGUCUGGCCCCAGAAGAGGCGAACUAUGUGCUGAGGGAAGUUCAUGAAGGAGCCUGUGGAAACCAUUCAGGAGCCAGGUCGCUUAUCCAAAAAGUCGUCCGUGCAGGGACGACAGUGAGGACCCCUACAGGGGAGACCCCUUUUAAACUAGCCUAUGGAAGUGAAGCAGUUAUACCUGCGGAAGUGCACAUGGCUAACCAUAGGGUGAUGUCAUAUGAGGAGAAGGAUAACGAGGAGCAACUCCGCUUGAACCUCGAUCUUAUAGACGAAGUAAGGACAGAAGCAGAGCACAGGGCAGCGAAGUACAAGAACCUCAUGGCUAGGCAAUAUGAUGCAAGGGUGAAACCAAGACGUUUCAACAUAGGAGAUCUUGUCCUGAGGAAGGUCUCUUUAGCAACCAAGAACUCAGCUCAUGGGAAAUUGGGCCCCAAUUGGGAAGGACCCUAUAGAGUCAUCAACUUCAAAAGACAAGGAUCCUAUUACCUGGAGGCCCUGGACGGGAGAAAGCUAGAACAUCCUUGGAACGUGGAGCACCUGAGGAGGUACUACCAGUAG